GUAUCGCCCACUCUGGGGCAAUUUGCGUUGACGAAACAGUGAGGACGAUCACGGGGUCCCUAUAAGAGGAGUGGAGCGGCGCUGACUGCCAGGAGGACCGGAGAGCACGCACCACUGCACGACAUGGAUCCGCUCGCUAAACUCGUGUUCCCCGCCGUCAUCAUCUCCGUCCUGGUGGCUUGCAGUCCGACGGAGGCGUGGUACAAACAGGUGGCCGGUCCGAGCUACUACUCUGUGGGCAGGGCGUCCGGCUUGCUGUCCGGUAUCCGGAGGUCGCCGUACGCCAGGAGAGACGAGCCGGAGGCGUCAGACAGCGGAGAGGCGGCGAGCAACAGCGUGCUGUCCGCGUUAACUGCGCAGAACUCAGUGCUGAAGACGAUGCCCGUUUGUAUCAAAGACAUCACACCGGACCUGCAGAGCUGUGAACUCCUCCAGGAACUCAAGGGCUCACUGAAGUGCAAAGCGGACGUCUUCCUCUCCCUGGACUCCUCACAGUGUGCAGGAGACUGAGCUGGACGACGGUGCCUACUUGUUGGAGGCGUUCUACUUUGAAAAAAAGAAAAUUAAAAAAAACUGUGCAAUUGUCAAGUUUGACUUGAUGGAGGAUGUGCUGCUUCUUAUUCAAUCAUUUUACAAAAUGUGUUUACUGAUUUUAUCAUAAAACCUGUCUUAAAAAUGUUAAGCUGAAAAAGGAAUGUAUUAUUGUAAAUAUGCUGUCUGAGUUUUCAUUAAUAAAUGAAUCAUACUGCAGCCUCUUGUUGGAAUUACUGAAUAGGAAAAACGUUAAUUACAGUGUCAGGCUUUU